ACAUGGUGGGGCUGGAGUGGAGUCAGGGAGGAGGGCGGUGAGUUCUGGAGGCUCCUGCCCGGGGCGGCCUUUAUACCCAGGCAGUAGGCGUCCCGGCAACACAGAAGCACAGCUGUUGACUUCCUCAUAGUUGUUCCCCAACAUCUUGUCGUGGGAUGCGCUCCCUGUGUUUUGCUCCACUAUAAUGAGUUUGGCUGAGAGGCUGAUUCCUUCUUCUGUAAACAGGAUGUUCUGGUUUGGCUUUACGUGGGGCUCAUGCCGUUUCUCCAGACCAGUACUGUGCACACAGCACCGCUGGCCCCACUGGGGAUCGCAUCCUUUAUUCUUUUUGUCUCACAGCCGUCGGUGGUGGCUUUGAGGCAGUAAUGCUUCUUGAGCUUCUAUUUGGCACAGGAAAACAUUAGACUGGGGAUCUGCAAACUGGGAACCAGGGCAGUCUGUGGGACAAAUCUGGCCCUCUCCUUGCUUUGUAAAUAAAACUUUAUUGGAAACAGCCACGCUCAUUUGCUUACAUGCUGUCUAGGGCUUGCACUAUAAUGUGGAGUGGUUAUGAGUGAGACCAUGCCCCUGCAAAGCCUGAAAUACUUACUCUCUUUCCUGUAUAGAAAGUUGACCAACUUCUGCCUUCUAGUAAUCUAUACAGUCAUUGAUCUGAUUAUGCAACAAAUGUAUAUUGUGUGCUGGCUAUAGAGACGUCCUAGCCUCGUGAGCCUCAUGGGGCAAUGAAUAAGCGAGAACAUGGAAGUUAACGCAUGAAGUGAUGCCACGGUGGGCUGAGCCCCAGGAAGGAAAACGAGCUCAAUCCGAUAGUCCCAGAAAACCCCUAAAACCCCAGCAUAAUUUGGCGCAAUGGUAAUGACCGCAGACCCCAGAAACUGAGCUUCAGACGCCUGCUUCUUGGCCGCAGUGGGAGAGCGCGCACGCAUCACGGAAUCCAGUCGCGCAUUCGAGUACGUGGGCUACCCCUACCCCUAGGAUGGAGGCAAGGACUGAUGACUAGUCAGUGAUGAGAGAUAAUGUGGCACCUGGCACAAAGCCUGGAACGGAUGACAUGGUGGAUGCCACGGCCACGGCUGUCCCCAGUGAGGAGCCCAGCAGCUGAGCUCUGGUCCCUUGGAAAGACCUUUUGGGUCACGGGGUUUCCAAAUCAAAACGGAUCCCCGUUCUGGCGAGCAGGACGGUGCUUGUGUGGACAGAGGACAGGGUAUGUGAGCUCGGGGAGGACCUGGAGCAUCCUAAUAUGGGGGUCCUUGUAAUCAGCUGAUGGUCCUUCACCAUCCUACCUGGACUGAGUCAAGAAAUCACGGGGCUGCUGGGUGAGCCUCCAGCUGUCACAGAGACUCCUGAACAGAGUGGCUUCCACCAGGAAACUCCAGGAAGAGACGCACAGGGGAGGAGGAGGAAGAGGAAAACAAUCAGGCCACCAGGAGGAAGGCCCCCGUGUGGCUUGUUGCCAGGAUGCCACAGCCUGGGUAUAAAGGCUGCCUGGGGAAGGAGCCUCCAGACCAGCCCCGUCCUCCACCCUGACUCCACUCCAGCCCCACGCCACCAUGUGCCAGUCCAGCUGCUCCACGGGCUGCCAGCCGGCCUGCUGUGUGCCCAGCUCCUGCCAGAUGUCCUGCUAUGUGCUCAGCCCCUGCCAGACGUCCUGCUGUGUGCCCAGCUCCUGCCAGACGUCCUGCAAUGUGCCCAGCUCCUGCCAGACGUCCUGCUGCGUGCCUGUGAGCUGCAAGCCAGCCGUGUGUGUGCCCAUGAGCUGCAAACCAGCCGUGUGCCUGCCUGUGAGCUGCAAGCCCAUUGUGUAUGUGGCUCCCUCCUGCCAGUCCUCUGGGGGCUGCCAGCCCUCCUGCUCCACCCUGCUCUGCAGACCUGUCCCCUGCAGCACCCCUACCUGCUGCUGAGCCCACGGCCUCCUAGGACCCCUCCUCCAUGUGGUCAGGGGUAGCUGCUCUCCCAGCUCCUACCAGGCAGCCCAGACAUCACCCACUUCAGACCUUCUGGACUAGACCAUCUUACAGCAAAGCCACUUGAUCCCUGGUACCCAGGCGGAGAGUCGCCCCAGUGUCUCUGGUUGGUGCAGGGUG